UGGUACUGUCCAUGAGACUAAAUUGAAUUUUGGACGCGGGAGCGAGUGGAGAGUGUCUUAUUUACUCCUCGUCGUAUUUGGUUUAUUUUGUCCAAGACUCAAUAGCAGCGCGAACUAAAAUUCAACCCAUCUCACUUCAAUCUUUAUUUUGUGUGUGUGUGCAAAUCUCUCGUCAUGACAUUUAAAAAAUCGUCACAUUUAAGGUUGUGAUUCUCUUAACCUUAGCUGUCAUUUACAAUGGCUCUUAAACUCAAAGAUAUAAUAUUAGAAGACGUUCGUGCAUUAAUUAGGAACUUAACUGGUUUUGAGGAAAAUGAUGAUAAUUUCAAAGCAAGUGAGCGCUUCAUACUGUCAAACCUACUCCAUCAUCGGUUCUUGUCUGUUGAUGCAAACGCCGUUCGUCGAUCGAUAGAGGGAAUGGUUCUGAAAUUUCAAGUUCACGGUCUUUCUGAUAGAGGGCAGCAACUACACUCCCUCGUGAAUCAGUUUCUGCAAAGUUGUCACUUUAAAGGUCACGAAACUGUGGAUAUUCAGUGGAGUUUGCUGUCCCUUCUUCUUCUCUUGGGUGAAAACCCAACCAAUAUUCUUCUCAAAGAUGAGAGCAUCCUUGAAUGUUCUGCUAUAUCAGAAGCUGAAGAAGCAUUUGAUUGGGGGGCCUAUUUAAGAGAAGGUGAAGAGGAAUUUCAUCAAGAUUGGAAUGACAGUCCAAGUGAUGAAGAUGAAGUGGAUCGAAUGAUACCAGCGACCGAAGAGUCAAAGCUGCAUUGCUUACCAUCAACUUCGAAGCAUACUUUGCAUGGCACACCUGCUUCUGCAUUAAGUCAUGAAUGUAAAGAUUCAUUGACGGUGAAACCCUCACCCAGUGUUAAGCCACACAUUAUGUUGAAUGGACCAAGUAUUUUAAAUGCUGAAAGCUGGUUGAAGGCAAAUUUACAAAACAGCUGGUGGUCCAAAGCACAUGUCAAAGAAAAGCCUGAAAGCAAUCACAACUAUUCCAACUCUGCAUUUCUAUAUGAUUUUUCUCAAGAUAAAAGCAUUGAAACCUCAACAUUGAGUGAGCACAAAGUAAUUCUAGAAUGCAUGUGGUUGCUGUCAGCUCCUCAAGAUACAGCUGUCUUUGUUAGAGUCAUAAGUGAAGAUGGAUUAAGGAGUAACUUCUGUGUCCGUCCUCAUGUAACAAUACCGAGCCUUACCCAAGAUGUUUUUGCCUCUCUGAUGAGUUCUAUUUGUAGCCAUGCAGAUAUGAUUGAGGAGCUGCAAAAUUUUUGUUCAGAGGUUCAGAGACAAAAACAAGUUUGUGGCACAUACAAAGCAUAUGGUCAUGCCCUUCAAAGUGAACUGCAACAUUUUCUUGAUGCAAUAUCAAAGAUAGAAUCACAAGAACAUAUUCAAAACCGUACUAUUACUCUUUUAACUCUUUUGAAAGAGCUUGAACCAUGGAUGGUCACCAUUUCCUCUUUGUACAAAGUACAUAAAUCAGCUGUACUGGACUGGAAAAAGAAUCCAAACUGGCUCUGUGCCACACACUUGCUUUCACAUGUUUUAAUGUCGCUGCGAUUUGCUGAAAAUGUCACCAUAUUCUUUAGGAUAUUUGUGCAAACAUUCCAAGUUUACAUUAAGAUAAUUGAUUUGUGGUUAACAAGUGGUCAUCUCUACGAUACUUAUGAUGAAUUCUUUAUAUUCAAGAGGGACAAGACUUGUUUGAGCUUUCAAACAUCGUUUGAAAUGCGAGAUUGGGAAAAGGAGUUGGCUGCCCUUGGAUUGGCUGAACCCCCGCAGGCUUUGAAAGUCCUUGCACAUUGUUUGCUGGAGGCAGCCCAACCUCUCCUCGUCCUCUGUGAGCUAAACCGUUUGCCUGAGCUUAGUAAACACACAUCCAGAAGAGAUAGUUUAGAGCACCAAUUCCUGCAGACUUUGCUCCACGAUCUGAGCCCCUCUCAGUUACUUAAAACUAAUAAGGAUGAGAACCUCAUGGAAUCUACUAGUGCGUGGUGGAAUAAAUUGGAUGACCUUUUGAUUUCUACAGAAGGAUUGUCAGAAACAAAACAAGAAACACCACAUCCCACCCCAUAUGAGAACACAGCUGUUGAUGUGAAAGCUGUCAUGAGUCAGCUUCAGCGUAUUCCAGAGCCUGGUUUUAUGAAAGAUUUUCAAGCUAUGUUUAAAAAUAUACCUGGAAUCAAAUUGUGUGACUCAAAGCCAGAAAAGUUUGAGGAUGACUCCCUCAAGAAGUUGUUGCUUAUAUCUCACUCAAUUGUAGAAAACUUACCCCUAGAAUUUUGUGUAGAGAGAGCAGUUUUGUGUCUUUCUGCUGAUUGGAAUAGUAUAGCUGGGGCUCUAGUUGCUAACAUUUUAGUCCAGGAACAUCAGCUCCCAUAUCAUAUGAACACUGCUCACAAUGUGUUUCUUUUACAAGCUUCUUAUAAAUUGCAGCCAUUUUUAUCACAAUUAUUCAAGCUGAUAUUAAACCGAGAAGUCAUCAAUUCACAUACAUUAAGCAUCCUUCUUCAGGAUUGUAUGGAUUCAGACCAUUUUAUACUGUCAACCACAUCUGAGGAUAAAAAUUAUUCAGACUUGAACAGUCUAGAAAUAAUUGAUUUGGUGGAGAUUAAAUACCAAGUGGACUGGCCAUUGUGCGCUAUUUUAAAAAGUGAGAGUCAGAAAGCCUACAACUUGAUUUUCAAGUUGCUUCUUAAAAUGAGAUGGGGACUUUGGAAUUUAGAAAAGCUUGAUGUGGCAGACUUUAAUGAUACUGGCAAUUCUCCAGUUUUGAAGCGAAUGUAUCAUCUGAGGUAUUGGCUCCUUAAUAUUAUAAGAGGCACCUAUAACUUUUUGGCCGGAUAUGUGUUUAAUGGGCUCUGGAUGAAGUUUGAGGAGGACUUGAAACAUGCCAAAGAUAUGCACUCAAUAAUCAAGGUCCAUGAAAGAUUUUUGGAAAAUGCUCUGUUGAAAGGUAUCAAUGCCUCCAAUCCAGAUCCUAUCAAGAAUUCACUUUUCCAGCUUGUAGUUUUAGCUGAAAAACUCCAUGCAAUGUGGCGAUGUGGAUUAUCCAAGGUAUCCAUGAGCAAGCUAAAGAACAUGGAGACGUGUUAUGUUCAUUGCCAUCGCUUUCUUGCUAGUUCCCUCCAUUCUCUGGCUGAAGAAGAAUGGUUACAGCACUUGUCAGCCCUGAGUGACUUGUUUAACUGGAAACUACCCCAAGAAGUACUGUAGUUGGUCACGAGAUUUAAAUUAUUUUACUGUGAUAAAUAUUUAUGUGUUUUGUUUACUGAAAUUCCUAUUCUAGUCUUGUUAGUAACGAUGUAUACAAGAAAAUUAUUUUGAAAGGGGUAAGGAUCACUAAUGUAAAGUUGAAAAAGCAUCUGCUAUUUUUUUAUUAAGAAUGUUUGCUGUUGAAAAAUGUGUUGCACUCACUGUGCACUUAGGUACAACACAGGAAAUUCGGUGCUGCAAAUGAAAAAUGGCACACAUAAACAAAAUGGCUAAUCAAAGUUGUGCUCGCAAAGCAAAUUGUUCUAGCACAGAGAGUAGAUACAGCCUUAUGAAUUACACAUGACACUACUGUUUUAAUAAAGAAUUUUAUUGUUGCUCUA